AUGGCCACCUUGCGCCUCGCUACCUCGCCCGGCUUACGGGCCGCUACGACGUCGCCGCUGACCUCGCAGCUGUGGUCCAGCGCCGCCGCUGUGAAUGCCUCCACCACCAGCGCGACAACCACGAUUCCCUCCGCGACAGUAGCUUCUGUCGCCGCAGCUACUGCGUCUAGUACUGUCACGACGACAAAGACGAUAAUUCCUCCCCCGCCGUCCGUCCUGGCGCAUGCGAGAAAGAAGCACGUCGAGCCGCAGGACCGCUACUUCAACCCUUCCAACGCAACCCUCUCCACCACCGGCGGCAGGCCCGGCAAGGAGCCAGGCGACGAGAACAAUGCAAAUUUGGGGAAAACCCUUCGCAUCCUCCAAGACCACCUACCUCGGGUCCUCCAAGCCCCGCUCCCGCAAGAGAUCCUCGCCCCCAACAUCUCGCUCCACCUCUUCCCGACAACGCACCCGCACCUCCCGACCGUCUCCGGCCGCGUCGCCUACACUGCCGCCCUCUGGACCUCGCCAAUUGCCUGGAACCGCAUGCCGCUGGUCGGGAACGUCCGCUUGUCCAUCGUCUCGGAGCGCGUGACGAAGCAGCCCCUCCAUUUUGCUCCGUUGCAUCCCGGCGCUGUGCCGGAACAGCUAGUCGUCAGGUGGUGCGCGUCUGGCAAGAAGAGUGGCGGAGGGGUCGGCGGUGCGGCGGGAUCUCCUUCGUCUGGCGCUGCAACAUCGGAAGGAGGUGGCGCGAAGACGGAAGACGGCGGGGACAAUGCGUUUACGGGGCUCUUCGUGUUCCAGUUUGAUGCCGAGGGCAGGAUACUGAGCCAUACGAUCGAAACGGUGCAAGAGGGCGGUGACUGGGAGAAGGGCGUCGGUGCCAAGGUCGUCGGGCUGACGGAUUGGCUCCUUGGCGGGAUGCGGAGGCAGGGGGAGAAUCCCAGUCCUGCGUUUGAGGCUCUCGACAAGGGCAAGCAGUGA